AAUUCCAUGUAUCAUUGGAAUAGUUUAAAGAUGGUAAUCCUUCUACUCUUUCUACUAAUUACUGGUCUUGGUCCAGUAAUCAAUGCAUCUCCCCUAAGUGCUUGUUCAAAUUGUGGGGAUUUUGCAGUUCCAUAUCCACUCAGCACUAGUGAUAACUGUGGUGACAAAAGCUACAAAAUUUACUGCAAUAAUGAUAGCUUAGAGUUCUUGUCAGCAACAGGAACUUACUAUAAGAUCCUUAAAAUUGACCCAAAUGCAAACAAGCUUAUACUUAAACCACCCAUCAUACUUAAAGACACUUGUUAUUCUUCUGAUCUUAUUGAUGGAGGCUUAGUACUAGAUGAAAAUUUACCCUUCAACAUUUCUACAUUUAACACUGUCAUGCUUCUAAAUUGCUCUAUAGAUAUACUUCGAUCUCCUCUUAACUGUUCUUCAAACAGUAUUUGUAGACAGUUUGAGGAAAAAGUGGAGGAGGGAAAUGGGUGUAUGAACACCCUUUGUUGUCAUUACUUAAAAGAUUCAGCUAUGAAUUCUCAUAAGAUUAGACUCAGGUUUGGGAGUUGUACUGCUUACACUUGUUUGGUAGAUUUUAAGGCUGAUGAUCCUUUUGAAACUUGGAAUUAUGGGAUUGAGUUGCAAUGGAUUCCUCCUAAAUAUUAACUAAGAUGCAUGCAUGUUCAUGUAUCAAUGUUAACUUUCCAAGAAAACAACUUUGUUAUGUUUAUGUCUUACUACUAGGAAAAAAUGGAUCCAUCCCUAAUACCUAAGACAGAAUCAUAUACAAAAAAUUGUCUUUAAUUUCUAUAGGUAAUCUAUUUUUUCUCUAGUAGUUAUUAGUGUCUUUUUUUAUUGUGAGAAACUGUGAUAAACAGUGAGUUCCAGUUAAUUUGGUCAA